AUGGCUCGAUCGGUGCUACUGUGUAGUUGGUCCGUGGUUCUAGUGUCGGCACUUGUUAUUCUUGUUCUGCCAAGUGCUAGCAACGGUGCCUCCAUUGGCAACGCUGUCUCGCCCUGUCCCGCCAUAUUUAAGUAUGCGAGCGACAGUAUCAAGCAGCAGAUUUACGGGAUCGUCGAUACACGCGAGCAGGCCGUGGAUAAGGUUGGCACGCUCGAAUUGCAUUUGUCGAUCGCGGGUGAGCUACGAUCGAAAUACGUUGGCUCGAUCGAGGCGAUUGAGGAUAGCACCCAGAUUUUGGAACAGUUCGGCAAGGGACGCGGUGUCCAGUACCGGGUAAACUUCCCUCUGCAGGACCCCCUACCCAAGGUAACGAAGGUGAUCUUCAACGGACGCGAACUGUGCGCCGGGCCCGGAGAUCGCGGCACGUUUGUCAGUGCCGUCACGUUGCGGCACUUCCUGCGUUCGGACUCGUGCAAGGAGAACUGCGAGCGCACCAAGGUGGUACCGUCGAGCCUGAACCUCGACCUGAGUCCGCCAGCCGUAGCCACCACCGUCCGACCGGCAGCCUUCCCGGUAGCGGCCCCGGCUGCUGCUCCCUUGACGCCUCUUGGGCACCGCAAACAGAUCCAGCCACUGGACAAAACCAAACCAGCGGGCGAGUCCAGCGCUCCGGGCGUACAGCACGAGUACCAGCGGACGAUCGAGCGCAAGGAGGAAACGAACAACCCGCAGGACAACAGUACGUCGGUCAAGUACAUCCGGGAGGAGAUCACCUAUCGGAAGCAGGUCAUCACGCCGGGCGGCGCGGCGACGCUGCAGGACGACGAACUGCAGCUGCCAUCGUUCGUGACCAACUGACGUAAUUCGCAGUCUCACCUCCCACCCCUUCCGGACUGCAUUCGCGAGUAGAAGUUUACAUCAUAGGCCUCGGGGACCUGGGGCGGAAAGCAGUGUGCCGCGCCAUAUAGGGGAAAAUCUGGCGAUCGCGGGGGACGCCGGUAAUGUUCCGCUCGAACUCUGCAAACU